GAGCUGCGCCGGUGGCGGCUGGGCGCCCGCUAGCCGGCCCGGCCUCCGCCGCCCGCUAACUCGCAUCCCCGCUUCCCUCCCACCGCGUCCCUGCGCGAAGAUGGCAGCCGACGGGCUGCAUGAGAACGAGACGCUGGCGUCGCUCAAGAGCGAGGCCGAGAGCCUCAAGGGCAAACUGGAGGAGGAGCGGGCCAAGCUGCACGACGUGGAGUUGCACCAGGUGGCCGAGCGCGUGGAGGCCCUGGGGCAGUUUGUCAUGAAGACCAGAAGGACCCUCAAAGGCCAUGGGAACAAGGUUCUGUGCAUGGACUGGUGCAAGGAUAAGAGGAGGCUCGUGAGCUCCUCUCAGGAUGGGAAAGUGAUCGUGUGGGAUUCCUUCACCACUAACAAGGAGCAUGCAGUCACAAUGCCCUGCACGUGGGUGAUGGCGUGUGCGUACGCCCCAUCAGGAUGUGCCAUUGCAUGUGGUGGUUUGGAUAAUAAAUGUUCUGUGUAUCCACUGACAUUUGACAAAAAUGAAAACAUGGCUGCCAAAAAGAAGUCUGUUGCUAUGCACACCAACUACCUAUCGGCUUGCAGCUUCACCAACUCUGACAUGCAGAUCCUGACGGCGAGCGGCGAUGGCACAUGUGCCCUGUGGGAUGUGGAGAGCGGGCAGUUGCUGCAGAGCUUCCAUGGGCAUGGGGCCGACGUGCUCUGCCUGGACCUGGCCCCAUCAGAAACUGGGAACACCUUCGUGUCUGGGGGAUGUGACAAGAAAGCCAUGGUGUGGGACAUGCGCUCUGGACAGUGCGUGCAGGCCUUUGAAACACACGAAUCUGACAUCAAUAGUGUCCGGUACUACCCAAGUGGAGAUGCCUUUGCUUCGGGAUCAGAUGAUGCUACGUGUCGCCUCUAUGACCUCCGGGCAGACAGGGAGGUCGCCAUCUAUUCCAAAGAGAGCAUCAUCUUUGGAGCUUCCAGCGUGGACUUCUCCCUCAGUGGUCGCCUGCUGUUUGCUGGAUACAAUGAUUAUACCAUCAACGUCUGGGAUGUCCUCAAGGGGUCUCGAGUCUCCAUCUUGUUUGGACAUGAAAACCGUGUUAGUACUCUAAGAGUUUCCCCUGAUGGGACUGCCUUUUGCUCAGGAUCAUGGGAUCAUACCCUCAGAGUCUGGGCUUAAUCACAGUGCACAUAGGCAGCUGAGAAUAGAAUCUGAAAUCAUCACAUGUAAAUAGAUCUUACUUCUAGAGGGUCUGAGAGUUUCUUGCAACUUAGCUUCAAGUGAGCAGCUCCACGACUGAAAGUUCACCAAACGUCUCCAACAUUACUAUUAAAACCAUCACCCUGGAAAGUUCCCAGUGUGAACCUCCAACACUAUGAAAACACCUUCCAGUACAGUGUUUAUCAUUUUGAACAUUUUUGAAAAUAUAUCUGUUUUUAAGAUUAUUAUAAAUUAUCCUAGUCCCAACUCAUUCUCUAUUCCUGGUAGAAUUCUACUAUUCCCAGUAGAACUGACCAUUUACUAUAUUCCGUUUUGUUUCCUGGAAUCAAGUUUUUUUUUUUUUUGGAGCACUUUAAGAGAUGAUUUUUCUCAGUGUGCAUUUCGACAUUUGAAACCUUCCCCAGGAACUGAUGAUUUUAAUGGACUAUGUGAGGACCACGUUACUUGGUCAUAGAAGAAAAUUCCAAUUCCAAAUGUAAUGAGACAAAAUCAAUUCUUUUACAUGUGUUCUUAUUGUGAAAGUAUCCUUUUCAGCCUUGCCUCCUCGUCUUUUUUUUCAGGUAAAACAUUUCCAUGUUACAAAUGAAGCAGAGAUAUGGGUAAAAUAGACAGGUUUGAUCUGUGUAUCUUGUGAUGGUGGCUUGUAUUGGGAGGA